AAAAGAGCGGCUGUCGGGCAGCCAGGAAUUGCUCUCCUUGGAAGAAAUAAAUAUUCUCUUUGAUUAUACCCCGUUGUAACAUGAACCCAACUCUCUGUCAUCUUUUCUAUCUAGUCGCUCUUUCUCUUCCACUUUUCUGGUAUUCUUUUUUAUUUUUUCAUUACAUUAUUCAACUCUUAUAUUGUUCAAUAUUUUGUUUUUAUACGUAUUUUUAUCAACACGUACGCUCACUACGCGAAAUACACACACUUGCCAAUACAACAACGACAUCAACAAAAAACAGAGCUUGGAUACCAGAUAAUUAUCCCCAGGUCAUCCUCUCGGUUCACAACAAAACGUCCGAAAUCCGCGUGGUCUAUGUCUCUUCAAACAUCCGCAACAUCCUCCAAUACAAGCCCGAAGAUAUUGUCGGCCACCCUGCGUUUUCAUACAUUGCCGAUGGCAACAGCCAAAAGCCCAGAUCAAUCAUCGGAUUAAAUACCAGGUACGACAUAACGAUAGCCAAUGUAAACGUUUUUCGAGCACCGAAAAAUCAAUGCAUCUACGUGUCAUUCGCUUCAACUGCGAUAAUAUAGCAUUCAACAUCACUGCGACUGUUCCUGAGACUCUUAGCACGACUGAGUUGUCCAGGGAGCUAAGAUCCGAGCCGAUUGGUUGGCACAAUACAG